AUGACCAUACGGCAGUCUCCCUCGCCCUUUACGCUGGAAUUUGACUCCCUAGUACAGAAGCAGUUGGAGAAAUGGAAGGUGCCCGGCAUUACAAUCUCCGUGGUUCACGGCUCGAGCACUUAUGCGAAAGCCUACGGCAUUGCAGAAUUCCCAGACCAAAAGAUGACUGUUGAUUCUCUAUUCACCACGUGCAGCACCACCAAAGCAUUCACUGCUGCUGCGGUAUCCAUGGUGAUGGACGACAAAAAGGAGACCCCCUCACCUCUCAGAUGGGAUACGCCAAUAGCAUCCUUAAUUCGAGGUGACUUUGUUUUGGCCGACGACAAUGCCACAAUGAGCACUACUCUGGAAGAUGCUCUGUCACAUCGGUCUGGCUUACCAGGUCAUAUAUUUGCGAUGACAGGCGCAUAUCCGGAUGAAACGUUGCGCGAAGCGGUCCGGAAACUCAGACACCUUCCUCUGGCAUAUCUACCGCGAACAACAUUCGACUAUUGCAACCACAUGUUUAUGGUAGUCUCUCAUGUCUUGGAGCAGAUCACAGGUGAAUCGCUGGGCGAGUUCCUGCAAAAGCGCGUCUGGAGCCCACUCAAUAUGAACGACACGUACUUUUCUGUCCAGGAUGUCAAAAGGUGUCCAUUAACUAGUCCAAAGCUAGUCCAAGGCUAUACGUGGGUUCCAGAAAAGGGCUGCUAUGUGGCCGAGCCACAUAUGAAUUAUGCACCCACGACUGGAACAGGGGCUAUUGUUAGCAAUGUUCUUGAUUAUGCAAAAUGGUUGCGAGCCAUGAUAUACAAAAAGGCGCCAGUAUCGCCAGAAGGGCAUACAUCGAUCAUUCAUCCCCGGACCGUCGUCUCCAAAGACGAUGGGGAUACUGUAUACCCCCCUGCACCUUACCACCUGUACGCUCUGGGCUGGUUUGUGGACACUUAUCAGGGUCAACAAUUAUACUGGCAUAGCGGGAGCUGGGCUGGAUUCGGGAUCAUGGUGGGCUUCAUCCCUGAGAAGCAGUUUGGGUUUUCAAUAAUGGGGAAUACUCAAAGGGCUAGAAACGCGCAGUUGGAGUUAUAUCUAUACCUCAUCGAUACGUUACUGGGAGUGUCGGGUAGUGAGCGGGAACAGUUUGUCCAAGAUAUGACGAAGAGGAUGUCCGACAUCACGGAAAAAAGAUCCGAAAGCAUCUGCGAGACGAAGAAACGAUUGUUCCCUUCGUUGCCGGCCAGGCCACUGCCCCAUACCCUCCCAUUGCAUGCGUAUACUGGAAUCUACAGCCACCCGGGUUAUGGCAUCAUUGCACUGAGGGUCGAAGAUGGACAAUUGCAGGCGGACCUAAGCGAUCGGGUGGAAGCGAUGACCAUCCAUUUGGAACAUACCACGGGGGAAUUUUUCGUGGCGAUAAUGUGUACAGCCAGUACGUCUGAGUGCGUCCGGGCUGAAUUCUAUGUCGACUCAGCUGGGACGGCACGGAAACUUGGGAUGGAGUUAGAGCCAGCAUUAGGGGGACAAAAAAUUUGGUUUGGCCGCUGUGGAUAA